GGACAGUGACGCCAUCAGAGGGCGUCCGAAGAGGGACGGGACGCAUUUUGGGGAUGUUGGAGUCGCUGUUGGCUCUUGAUGGCCUGGUGCUGCUUCGGGACUCCGUGGAGUGGGAGGGGCGUAGUCUCUUGAAGGCGCUCGUCAAGAAAUCGGCGUUGCGUGGGGAGCAAGUCCACGUCCUGGGCUGUGAAGUCAGCGAAGAAGAGUUUCGUGAAGGUUUUGACUCCAGUAUCAACAGCCGAUUGGUUUACCAUGAUCUCUUUAGAGACCCUCUCAGCUGGUCAAAACCUGGGAAAGCCCUUCCUGGCGGGCCCCUGGAAGCCUUGAGGGCCCUGGACAAGAGGACAGGUUCUGGCCCUGCCACCAUUGCUCUUGAUUCCCUCAGCUGGUUGCUGCAUCACCUUCCCUGCCCCACACUCUGCCAGACCCUGCAUGCGCUGAGCCGUCAGGACUCCUGCCCUGGUGAUAGCCCCCCACGUGAGCAAGUGCGUGUGCUGGGCCUGCUGCAUGAAGAGCUUCACGGCCCAGGCCCUUUGGGAGCAUUGAGCAGCCUUGCUCAGACCGAGGUAACCCUGAGCGGUACGAUGGGCCAGGCAUCGGCUCACAUCCUCUAUCAGAGGCCAAGACAGCGCCCCACCCACCAGACUCAGUGGUUCUCCAUCCUUCCUGACUUCAGCUUGGAGCUCCAAGCAGAGCCGCCACUGGAAUCCCGGCCCCGCUCAGAUCCUCAUACUCCCUCGGUGGACCCCACUACUCAUUUGACUUUUAACCUUCAUCUGUCCAAGGAGGAGAGAGAAGCCAAAGAUAGCCUGACUCUGCCCUUCCAGUUCAGCUCGGAAAAACAGCAGGCUCUACUGCGCCCUGGGCUGGGCCAGGCUACCAGCCACAUCUUCUAUGAGCCAGAUGCUUAUGAUGACCUGGAUCAAGAAGACCCAGACGAUGAUCUAGAUGUUUGACUGUCUAGGAGAUUUGACUAGACUGCAGUUGGAGGGGAAGAGGAAGACUGGGGGCCCGUAACCGUCCUUCAGUUGUGUGUGUUGGCCUUAACCUUUCUCUGUUCCAUCUUUGUUUCUUGUUUCCAUGGAGGCCCUGCCCUGUGACCCAUGAGCCAGGGAACAGCUCCAGUGAGAAGAAAGUGGGCUGGAGGCAUAAGAGAAAGUGACAGAUAAGAACACCACCUCCCCCCAAGCCUAAUAAAAUCUUUUAUUUUUUUAUUAAAAGCAAAA